CACCAAGCAGUGAAGUGGUUUUAGCUUUCUUAAAAGACUAUAGAUGAGUCAAAUCAGUACAAUUUAGUCAAGGAAUUGUCAAAUUAAGAAAACCGCGUAUCUCUCGGGAACUACAUGUACAUAUUAAAGUAGACUUAGCAAUUCUGCAUCAUUUUAUGGAUAUGUGUAACCGUCAGCUGAUUUGCUCGUUGGGGAAGCCACUUUAGUUUGCGCCUGUCACCGGUACUCCAAAUUACUCGACGCGUUCCGCACACCACUACACGCUUGAGCCAGUUCGGAAGAAUCCACUUGAAAGUGUGUUCCGUUUGUGAACAACAGACAUUCGACGAAUAAGCUGCUAAAGUGAAGGUGGUAUUAGAAGCGCAGCAACUAUUUUCUAUCUGUAAACAUUAGAACCUACAUCUUCGAGCCGAUUAAACGUUGUAAGACGAAACAAAAUAAAUCGCUAACGGAUGCAAACAUGCCGACCUUCCUGAAGUGCGACCUGUGCGACAAGUUUUGCCUUGCCUUGGGUGACAACGAUCAGAACCGCCGGCACAAGGCCAGCUGCAUUAGCGCGCAGGUGCAGGAAAUAGACAAGGUGUUUUCGCGCAAGAAAACGUGCGCCAUCUGCUUGGAGGUGGUGCUGGAGAAAAAUCCACCCGCUGAGCGCCGGUUUGGCAUACUGCCCAAAUGUAAGCACACGUUCUGCGUAAGCUGUAUCAAAACCUGGCGCAGUACGACCGAGUACCCCGAGACUCUUCGGAAGGGAUGCCCGAUCUGUCGCGUACAUUCGAGCUUUUUCUUUCCCUGCAAAGUUUGGGCGGAGGACGAGCGGGAGAAGAAGCGCCAGUACGCAAUUUACAGAUCGAUUAUCAAAAAGAUAGACUGUAAGCGCUACAACCAAGGUGCCGGUGCGUGUCCGUUUGGCGAGCGAUGUCAUUUCCGGCAUGGGCGAGCCGCUGAAGUAACGAUUUACAUUUAAAGACAGCCGUAGAAAACGUAAGCCAUGAUAGUUCAGUUGCAGGUAACUUCUCUGGCCUUGGACAAGGAUGUUAGGGUUUUAGCGCAUUAGACAUUCAAGAGUGAAUUAAAAUACGAUAUUGUUGAAUAAGUGCAACGCGCAAGAAGUCGAUCCGCACAUAUGUAAACGACGACAAAGGCUAAGCGGGACGUCGAAUAAGCAAGAACGUCAGAUGUUGAAUAAACCUCGCUCUCUUUUGCUAAAACCUUCAACCAGACAA